AUGGCGGAUCGACUGACGCAGCUGCAGGACAUGAUCAACGACAUGGCGACACUGAUGACGAACGCGAUCGGAGUUCUGCAGGCGACUGCUCCGCCGUGCGAGUUCGGAUCCAUUUCGAAAGAGCUCGAGGAUGAGCCCAACUGCGCGGUCUUCGCUGCCGGCAUUGCCAAGGCCGCCAAGAAUAUCGAGGUGAACGGAUUUUCUACACAGAAUUCCCAAUUUCGCAUUUUCCAGAUCCUAAUUGACUCGUUCCCAAUCGAAGCGGGCACUGUCGAGGACGAAGUCGAGGAGAAAAUGGUGAAGAACGACGAAAAGCAGAAAGAAAAAGUGAACGAACUGGUCGAAUUGGUCGGCGAUUCGCGUAAACUGAUCACGAUUGUGCAGCAGAAACUCACCGAAAUCGCCACAGUUCAAAUGAUCUCCCGGCCGAAUGAGUAACCCGAUUUAUUGUGAUUUCACAGAUCUCUUGUCAAUUUUAUCACUUUUCCAUAUGUAAAAAAUCUUUUUUAUUUACUCUUUUGUGUGAUUUAUCGGAUUUCCCAAUUGAUUUACUUUCGAAAAUCUCCGAUUUGCGAUUUUCCUUUUGAUCUUGGUAUAAUAAAGUUCAGAUGUCGUCAGAAGAAGAAAUAUCAGAAGAGGAGAAACAGCGACGACGAGCCGUGCAACGUGAGCGAUAUCUGAUGUGUUUGAUGGUAAAUAACUUCGGAAAAUCGAGUCAUUUUUAUGAGAAUCGUAUGUAGAACGCAGUCGACAAGCCGGCGACGAUCCAAAUGCACGAGAAUACGACCGUGACGGCCACGAUCAAAGCGUUCCAGCCGUCCGGAGAACACGUAAUCGUCGGUGAGGGUCUCGAAGCGAAAACUUUCGAACAACUGCAUUUUCAGAGAAUUUGAACACUCCGAUAGGAACCAUCGAACGCGCCGUUCUCCGAAUCUCGGAUAUUGUCAAGGUCAGCUGGGAUAUAGAGAAGAAGACUGAAUAA